AUGCGAUCUACCGCUCUCAGUCUUCUAGCUCUGGUCCCAUGCUUGGCUGAAGCAAAAAGCACAACCCAUUACAGCACUGAAACCGUCUUCAUACCACCACGCAAGACAGGAAGUGCCACAAACAUUUACGCUUCUCUCAUCACAGAAGAUGCAUCCAAGACAGAAUAUCUCCUCGCCUGUCAGACAAACUUCGGCAGUUCAUAUACAUGCGAUGGUGAAUUCACUGGCGUUACGGUGACUUAUGAGAAGUCAAGGAUGGACGUUGCCUUUGAUGUGACCUCUUAUGGCUGCGGAUUAGGCAAAGAUAAAGCUGUUUGCGCUCUUCAGAUUGAGACAGCUAAGGCCGAGACAACAACUCUUGCUUCGUCAGAGAGUUCGCUGUGGAUGACGGCCAUCACAGUCGUUGAUGUCAAGAAGAGAAAGACUACGUCUACAAAGUCACAUCUGCCUAAGGAAACGGGAACGAGUAACAGGCUUUGCAAACGCAAGGUUCAUCAUGGCAGUGGAGAUUCAGAUUCCUCCAGUGGUGGUAGUAGUGGCAGCAGUGGAGGCGAUAAAAGUGGUGAUAGUGACGCUCCUGAUGAUACCAGCAGCGAUGGGGCAAGCAGUAGCAGCAAACCCAAGAAGAACGACGAUGAUGAUUGCUCUGCUGGUUCUGUCGCCUCUUGGAGCUGGAGCGUCGUGGCUUUGGGUUUUGGUGGUUACUUGGGUUUGAACUUGGCCUAG